CACUAAAUUUUGUCGUCACUUCGCUGUCAACAGAUGACAAUUAAAUUCAAGUAUUAGCAAUGAAUUCGUGGCGCAGAAAGUAUAUAACAAUAAUAUAAAUAAAUGGCAUUGUGAUUGUGUUUAAUCUAUAUAAUUAUAAAGAAUACGAAUAUAAAGAAUAUGGGUAUAGCAGUGAGCAAAUAUUCAGAUAUUGCAAGUAAUGAGUUGGUGGCUAAAUUCUGCUCCAAGGAGGUUAUAUGUCCAAAUGACCCGUUUUGGAACCAACUCCUUUCUUUCAACAUACAGAUACCAACUAAUGCUGAUGAACAGUUGAUGUUUGACUCGAGCGCUGAGUCACUUCUACAGAAGUUUCUCCAGAACAAUCCUCAGACGGGUAACUUCGGGUCACUGGUGCAGGUUUUCAUCACCAGGGCCACAGAACUGUUGGCUGCACCAAAUUCCGACAAUGUAAUGCUUGCAUGGCAGAGUUACAAUGCUCUGUUUGUGGUCCGAGCCGUAGCCAAAUAUCUUGUUGAGUUGGUCCCCGAGUAUGAAGUCUGCAAACAUCUCGACGUACAAGCUGCUGUGGCACCUCCCCUGGACCAAUCUCGCCCGUCCUCCCCUCCAGAGACGGAACAGCGAAGCAACGAAAGUCGCGUGGAAAUGUUGAUAGACGCCCUCAUAGGACUCAUCAUUGAUGUGCCAGUUACUGACAAUACCUACUACCUACACAUGGAAUGCAUCAAUACGUUGUUGGUGCUGAUGUCUGUGUACAUGUUUUCUGGUGUACACGGGCAGUCCAAACUUGUGGAGACGUCGUUAAUAUAUAGGACUCUGUUCCAAGGUCGCUACAGUAUGCACGCAUCUACCCUCGUCAAGACGCUCCUAACCAAUCUCUGUCAGAUGAAGCCGGCCCCGCCACAGUUCGGUGACACGGGCCCAGGGAGCAUGCUCAUUAAUAUAGCAUCAAGUCUUUGGAGUAUAUUGACAUUCGCUCCAACCGCUCGCCAAACUAUUUACACCUGCACACCGCUGGACAGGACAGAGCUGAUGAGCAGGUUGAAGCUGGAACAUAGUGUGGCCAACCAGUCGUGUCUGCUGCUGCUGGCUCUGGCCAAUCAUUGCAUCAACGACGACAACAUGUAUAGAACAGCGUUGCUUCAAUGCGAGGACACUGCCGAAACAUCGACCAAAGAAACUAAUGGCAGUGUCACUCAGUCGACCGCACCGAGAAUUGACAUGGCUGCUCUCCAUAAGGCUUUAUGCUGCACCGCUGGCUGUGAACAUUCAACUCUACUGCUGUACCUGAUGCUGCACUCCUGCAAAGCCUACAAGAAGCAUGUCAGUCAGGUUCCGGAUAUAGAAAACCUGAUAGUACCGAUCCUUCAAGUUCUGUACAACGCUCCUGAGAGUAAUUCACACCAUAUAUAUAUGUCACUUAUAGUGCUGUUGAUAUUGACGGAAGAUGACGCUCUCAUUAAAAAUGUUCAUCUAAUUAUGCUAAAGAACCUUCCAUGGUAUACGGAGCGCUCAAUAUCAGAGAUAUCCCUCGGAGGUCUAAUGGUUCUGGUUGUUGUGAGAGCCCUUCAGUAUAAUAUGGCCAGGGUUAGGGACAAAUAUCUUCAUACAAACUGUUUAGCUGCCAUCGCUAAUAUGAGCUGUGAGUUCAGAAAUCUACAUCCCUAUGUGAGUCAAAGGCUUAUAUCAUUAUUUGAAACCUUAACAAAACGGAGGACGAGGCUGUGUAGUGAAAUAGAAGGUGAUAGUAUAGGCUUGCCGCAUCAUAUUUCCGUGUGUGAUGUGGAGAAGACAGAGGAAAUUAUUGAACACAUAGCGGUCUUGGAUGAAGUGCUCCGGAUGUUGUUGGAGAUUAUCAACUCGUGUCUGACACAUCAGCUGGUGAACAACCUCAACCUGGUGUACGCUCUGCUGCAUAAGAAACAGCUGUUCCAGCAGCAUCAGCACUUACAUAUAGCCCAGAAUAUUGAAAUGGUGAUAGGAUACUUUUCGACCCGUCUCCAGAGGGUGCAGGAGGGUGCCGGUGGUGAUCUCGGUGUGAAUGAAGUGCUGCAGUGUAUUAAGAAGGGCGCUGAACAGUGGUCCAGUGAUAGACUCAAGAAAUUCCCCGAUUUGAAGUUCCGUUACGUUGAAGAGGACAGACCCGAGGAGUUCUUCACACCGUAUGUGUGGGCUUUGAUCAGCGUCUGUGGUAAUAUAUACUGGGCCAGCGAAUGUGGGACGCGAGCCGCUGGGGAAUUGCUGGCGUGAUUGUUCACCGUACACCUGAUACACUCCACACAAACAAAGUUGAUUGUGACACCCCUAACUGACAAAUAUAUGUUUUAUUUCAUAUUAUUAUUGAUUGAUUUCUUUUCAAGUCACAAAUACAUUUAUUCUUGGUGUAUUGUCAAUUGUCAAUACAUAGGGUGUUCAGUUAUUUGUAAACAACAUUUCUAUCAAAUUAAUGUUUAUUUAUCAAAUAGUUGUUCAGGUUAUUGUAUUGUAUUGUAAUGACUAGUGACUGAAUGUUAAGUCCCCGUUACACCUGAUAGAUAUUAUACGGUAAUGCAAUAUAGGGUUAUCAAUUAAUAAUAUUUAAUAUAAAAA